AACACUUCCUUCAACACCUUCAGCUCUUUUGAGAACAAUUUUAGAAAAGCAGAAAUGUAGCAAAGGUGAUUAUGAUAGAAAAGAGACAUCUCUGAAUAUUCCUCACGCUGUGCUGUCAACACCAAGAACUCCAGCGACUGCAUCUGCUCGAUAUGACUCUUCUUUCUUCUUUGGACCGAAUUUCAAUCCAGCAGCGCUUCACGAUCAAGAUGAUAGUGUUUCUCCAUUACCACUCUACAGUCCGCGAACACCAAAAACGCCUCUUGAUGGCUCUACUGAAAAAUCAGCAAGUCGUAAAUUACUUGAUCACCGGAGACAGUUGGUGGUUGAACUUCUUGAAGAGUAUGGAAUGUUUCCUUCAGGACAAGCUAUUUCGGCCUUUCAAAACAAAUAUCGGCAGUUCUUCCCCAACAAACAAACUCUAACGCUUAAAAUUCGUGAAAUGCGACAGAAAAUGAUGGCGAGCAUGCAGUCUCCUAUAACGCCGUCAGCAGAUUGCUCAUUUUCUCAGAAACAAAACAACUUAUUUAUAAAGCAGUCUGUUUGCACAUCGUCAGAUGAACACUGCUGACCGUUUCGAUCAGAUUCAACAUUCAUUUCAAGUAAUUUUCGGCCAGCAGUGUAUCGCAGCUUCAGGGAAGUGGUUGCUUAUUGGUUGCUUAUUAAUUAUAUUUUGGAUUUGAUUUUCAAGCUUAGCGUCUUGUAUAAUGCAAAGUUUAGCAACAAUUUCUGGCGUAAGUUUUAG